AUGGCUUCCUCUUCUCUUGCUCUCUCCUCCCUCCUCCUCCUCCUCCUCCUCCCUCUCCUGGCCUCGGCCAAGGGAGGCUUCAGCGUCGAGCUCAUCCACCGCGACUCUCCAAAGUCCCCACUCUACGACCCUUCGAAAACUCUAUCCGACCUGGUCCUCGAGAACGCCCGCCGCUCCAUCGCCCGCGCCGACCACCUCCGCCGUGCCUUCUCCCUGGCUGCCUCCGAUGGCACUUACCAGUCCCCGGUCGUCUCUGACACCGCGGACUACCUCAUGGAGGUCAACGUCGGCACGCCGGCCAACAAGUUCUUCGCCAUCGCCGACACCGGCAGCGACCUUACCUGGACCGACUGCGAGCCCUGCGAAGGCUGCUACCCGCAGGAUUCCCCCCUCUUCGAUCCCACAAAAUCUUCCACCUACCGCGACAUCUCAUGCCAGGCGGACGCCUGCGCCAAUCUCCCCCAUGCGAGCUGCUCAAACGACAGCUCCACGUGCCAGUACGCCUACGGCUAUGAAGAUGGAUCGCACACUUCCGGCAAUCUUGCAUCCGAGACCUUCACCUUCGACGUUGCCGGCGGCCGCCCCGUCAAAAUCCCCAAAGUGGCGUUCGGAUGCUCGCAUGAUAGCCAAGGGAGCUUCAGCAACGCAACCGCCGGGCUUGUCGGCCUCGCCCGCGGUUCUUUGUCUCUGGUUUCCCAGCUGGGCUCCGUCAUUGACAAGAAAUUCUCCUACUGCUUGGUUCCUUACUCCGAAAAAUCCGUCUCGAGCAAGAUCAGCUUUGGUGCCGACGCGGUAGUCUCGGGCCGGAAUGUGGUAUCCACUCCUCUUAUCCAGGGUCUUAACGACACUUUCUACACCGUUUCUCUCCAGAGCCUUACCGUCGACGGCGAUAGUAUCCUGGUGAAUAGCGGGGAUGUUAUAGUCGACUCAGGCACGACCCUGACGAUGCUCGAUCCAAGACUGGUGCGAUCAUUGGAGGAUAAGUUGACGAAGAUCAUCGAUCUCCCGACGGUAAAAGAUCCCGAAGGGGUGUUCAACCUGUGCUUCGAUGUCAGCAAAAGCCGGAAAGUACAAUUCCCGGAUAUCACGUUCCAGUUCGACGGGGCGGCUUUGACAUUGAGCUCCGUCAAUACGUUCAUUCCGUAUGACGAGAAUACUGCGUGCCUUGCUAUCGUGCCGACCGAGGAGCUUGGGAUCAUUGGCAACAUUGCUCAGCAGAACUUCAACAUUGGCUAUGAUCUCGAGAACCAGAAGCUCUCCUUUUCCCCCGCGGAUUGCACCAAGUUCUGAAGGGUUCUUAUUAGCUAUCGAUGUUUUCCCUUCAGUGUCUCCGUUCACU